AUGGCAACAACGUCCACUGCGGUGGAAGACCACAAGUCCGGUGAUCUCGAACUUCUAAGUUCUGGAAACUUCUCCGAUGUUGAGGUUGUCUGCGGCAAUCGGUCUUGGAAAUGUCACGGAGCGAUUCUUGUACCGCGCUGCCUGUGGUUCCGCAAGGCCCUUAUGGGUCACUUCGAGGAGGCAAACACAAGACAAGUCACCCUAGUGGAGGAAGACCCCAUCUGUGUCGAUCUUGUUCUGAAGUACCUCUACGGACGUGGGCUUGAUAUCAUGCGCAGUGUCUCUGCAGAACACUUCGUCGAGCACUGUGUUUCUCUCUGGCACACCGCAGACUUCUUGAUGCUCGAAGCAUUGAAAAGGUCGGUGGAAAGAGCUGUUCGAGACUACUGCGACAAGCGAAUGAAGGAGCUGUGCAUAAGUCCACAUCGCCCAACUUGGCGUCACCCCCAACACCUCGACCAACUAAGCCCAUGGGCCCUUGAUCUUGUCGAAGCCCUUCGACAAGCCUACGAAUGGCAGAUUUCGGACUUAAAGUCGGUGCUCAUGGAGUUCAUAUGGGUAGCAAGGACCUUGACCCUGCAGAGCGGCAUUGCUUCGGUCUUGUUCGACCACCUCAAGGACACGCCGAGAUUCGCGGACGACUUCCUAGGCAGAUAUGUCUCCAAGUCGUGGUUGAGGAACUCAGUCUGGGUCCCACCUCGCGACAAGUGA